AUGGCAGCGGAGCCGGCACAGCCGCAGGAGUGGGCGGCGGUGGAGCAACAACCGGAGGUGUCGCGGUCCGUCAUCACCUCGGCGAUCGACCGGCUAAUUGAACAGGCACGACGACGGUUUGCUGACUUGGGCAAGGAGACGGUGAAGGUGACGUUGGUGGCGGUGGGCAAGGGCAGCGUGGGCAAGAGCGCGACGCUCACUUGCUGUUUCCUCCCGCGUCCCUCCGCGCCCUGCCCUGGCAAGGAGACGGUGACGAUAGUGGCGGUGGGCAAGGGCAGCGUGGGCAAGAGCGCCACGCUCAACGCGCUGCUGGGGGAGCGCCUCUUCCCCACGUCGGGCUUCCAGGCGUCCGCGCACCCGCGCGAGGCCGUGCGCCAAUACGGCGGCGCCACGUUGCACGUCAUCGACACGCCCGGCCUCGUCGACGCCGGCACCGUCAACCGCACCGCGCUCGACGCCAUCCUGCAUUCGCUAGUGGGGCGCACGGUGGACGUGCUGCUCUAUGUGGAGCGGCUGGACGCGUACCGAGUGGACACCAUCGACGCGCUCGUCGCGCAGGGCAUCUCCAACGCCUUCGGCCCGCAGAUCUGGAAGCGCGCGGUGGUGGUGUUGACGCGCGCGCAGCUGUCGCCGUCGGACGGGCGCCCCUUCGGCGACUUCGUGGCAGCGCGCAGCGACGCGCUGCUGGGGAUGAUCCGCAAGCAGGGCCGCCUGGGGAGGAACGAUGAGGUGCCAGUGGCGCUAGUGGAGAGCAUGGAGGGGCGCUGUCGAACCAACGACGACGGUGAGAAGAUUCUCCCAGACGGGCGGGCAUGGUUUCCAUGCCUGGUGGAGGCGCUAGUGGCGGUGGCGCUGAGGAGGCAGCCGGUGGUUAGGGUGGAUGAGCGCAUGGCGAGGGGCUUCAACCCCAACCGCGCCGGCAAGCUGCUCAUCCCCUUCCUCCUCGCCCUGCAGGUGGUGCUGGUGGCGCUGCCGCUGAGGAGGGCCAUGGAGUGGGACAAGUCAGAGGAGAAGCGGCACCGGCCGCGGUGGGAGGAGGAGGCCGAGGACUACCGCCGCUCCACCGCUGCUGCUGUCGCCCGCCGCCGCAUCGCCGCCUUCCAGCAGCAACAGGGCAAGGCCAACCCCAAGUGA